AUGGAUAAAUUUGGUACAAAUCUUUUUCCUUCGACAAUAUCAACGCCAGUUAAUCGACGACGUUUUAGUCUUGCACCAACAUUUAAUACACCAUCAACAACACCAACACAAACACCGGUAAAUCGACGAAAAAGUAUGGUUCAAACACUUAGUAAAUCAGCGAUUGCAGAAGCACGACGUGAAGCCGAUGAAAAACGAAAAGCAAAAUAUGCAAAAAUGGAACGUCAACGAGAAGAAGUUCGACAACAAAUUCGAGAUAAAUACAAUAUCAAGAAGAAAGAAGAACCAGUUGCACAAAUUCCACCACCAUGUGAUGGUCGAAUAACAUCCGAGAAGAAAGGACCACUAUUUUUGCCAGACGAUGAUGACAGUUUUGAUCCGGUUAAAAUGGCUUCCAAUGCUCUCAGUACUAUUACUGAAAAGUUACCGUUUAAAUUACCAUGGAAAUAA